GUUAGAUUGCGAGCCAAUUUUCUCGUGUGUGCCGGUGCCUGAGGCCUUCAUAUUGCAGAGGCGUGAUCUCCGUAUAUGCCUGCGACGUCCUGCGAAAACCGUUUGCUCAGCCGAUCCGCUGCGGGGGAGUACAGCUGCCCUCCUGGCAUGAGCUCUGCCCGGCGCGGCGGCGCCGUGGCGCGACCGGCUGAGCUCUGCGAGGCACGGAAGCUGCAAGCGGCGGCACUGGCAGCGGCGCGGCUGGUCGUCGUGUCGCACGGCUUCAGACGCGGUACCGCUCCGACUGUCGGAGCGACCGAUCGACACACAUGCUUAACGCUAACGACGCGCGCCCGCAGGUCACACCGGGAGAGCAUGGCGAAGCUCGCCCUCUGCCUCGCGCUCGCGCCCGUGGCGGCCGGCUUCGUCGCGCCGUCCGCGGCGCCCGCGGGCACGGCGCUCGCGGCCGACCGCGCGAUCAUCGGCGACGACGGCAUCCAGGCGCCGGUCGGCUACUUCGACCCCCUUAAAUUGGCCGAAAAAGUCAACGACAAGACUUUGUUGUGGUUCCGGGCCGCCGAGAUCAAGCACUGCCGCGUCGCCAUGGCGGCCUUCGCGGGCUGCGUCGUGACGGGCCUCGGCGUCCACUGGCCCGGCGCCAUCGACAUGUCCGGCACGACCUUCGAAAGCCUGGGCCAGGGCGGCCUCUUGGAGGCGUGGGACAAGAUGCCCUUCGACGGCAAGCAGGCCAUCGUCGCCGCUAUUGGCGGCAUCGAGUCCGUCUUCGAGGCGCAGAAGCCGCACUACGUGAUGGGCGGCACGCCCGGCAAGGUCCGGCUGACGGGCACGACCAAAGGUGCUUUGGAGGACAAGUACGACGCCGCGACGCUGAAGAAGAAGCGGGACAUGGAGCUCGCGAACGGGCGCUUGGCCAUGCUCGGCAUGGCCGGGUUUGUUUCGGCGCGGCUGACGGAGGGCUCGGUGCCGGCGCUCACCAAACUCGGCUUCGCGGCGGACUACUCGGGGAAUUUGCCGUACGCGCCGUUCUAG